UGAAUUCUUCGUUGAUCUAAAGACCAGAAACUUCUCUCCAUCUGGCGUCGGGUAGAAUGUCCAGGACCUUCUCCGGGUGGAUCCUGAGGACAGCGAAGCAUCAGGUCAACCUGCUCCAUGCAGAGAAACGUUCUUAUUCGCAAUGUCUGAUGAGAAGAGCCCACGCAAGAUGGCGGCGAGCGCGCUCUGCUAGUGCCGCCACGCCCGCCACGUGUCUGUGCUACCCGCUGGUCUACUCCUCGCACCGCUCCUACCGGCACACGGCCGAGGAUGUCCACUUCCAGUUGUUACCGGAGCAGAUUAACGACAUCCUGCGAGCCAAUGAGCAGUCCUGCAAGGUGGCGGACGGCGACGCCAAAAGCCGCAGCACCGUCCUAAAGUUCGAAAGCAACAUCCUGGCCUCCAACACGCCGUGCGAGGACCGCCGGAGUGCCGCCGCCUGCCUGCAGACCAAGGGGCACAUGUUCGGCAUCUUCGAUGGCCACGCCGGGGCCGCGUGCGCUCAGUCGGUCAGCGAACGCCUCUUCUACUACAUCGCCGUCUCCCUGAUGCCCCAGGCGACCUUGGAGGAGAUCGAGCUCGCCCGGGAAUGCAUGAAGCCCGUCCUGCCCAUCCUCCAGUGGCACAAGCACAAGAACGAUUACAUGUACCGGGAGAUCGCCUCGUUUUACGUUGACCACCUGCGGGUGUUCUGGCAAGAGCUCAUCGACCUGGACAAUGAAUCCGGAAUGAGUGUGGCGGACGCCAUGACCUACGCCUUUAACAGGCUGGACUCUGACAUCUCGCUGGAGGCCCAGGCCCCCACCGAAAAGAAGUUCAUCCGGAACCUCACCUUGCAAAUCGCCUUUUCCGGGGCCACGGCCUGCGUCUCGCACGUAGACGGCGUCCACUUGCACGUGGCCAAUUCCGGAGACUGCCGGGCGGUGUUGGGUGUCCAAGACCAAAGUGGCGCGUGGUCCGGUGUCCCGCUCACGGCUGACCACAAUGCUUUUAACCCGUCGGAGCUGCGGCGGACCUUCCGGGCCUUCGGGGACGUUCGCUUCAAAUGGAGCGAGGAGCUGCAGAAAAGCGUCCUGCAGAACGCAUGCGAUGCGGAACCUUUAAACAUCUAUCAGUAUUACCCGGCAAACUACCACACCCCUCCGUACCUCACGGCGGCCCCGGAGGUCACCUACCACAAACUGAGGCCGCAGGACAAGUUCCUGGUCAUGGCCUCCGAUGGACUGUGGGACAUGCUGGACAACCAGGAGGUGGUGCGCCUGGUGGCGGGGCACCUUUCCGAGAUCCGCAAUAAGGAGCUCUCCGUGGUGAAGCGCAGCCUGGGCACCAUGCACAACAUUCUUCUUCAGAGGCGGAGCGGCAGGGUCAACGCGCAAGAGCAGAACGUGGCCACACACCUCAUCCGCCACGCCGUCGGCACCAAUGAGGACGGCGAGGUGGAACAGGAGAGACUGGCGGCCAUGCUGAGCCUGCCCGAGGAUCUGUGCCGGAUGUACAGGGACGAUAUCACCGUGACCGUUAUCUACUUCAACUCCAGCGCCAUUGAAGCACAUUACCGGGAGAGCGAGCAGCGGUAGAGACGCCACAUCGGCGUGACGCCAU